CACUCAAAGGUCGGAGGGUCCGUUUCAGCUUCUGAAGGCAGAAUGAAGGUGUGCUUUGCGCUGUGCCUGAGCUUGUGCGUGUAUUUACGCGAAGCUCUGGCGGAAAGCGAUUCCAACUCAAUCCUCGAGGACAACGAUGUUCUAGUGCUGACAGAAGGCAAUUUUGAACGAGCUCUUAAACAAUACAACCAGCUAUUGGUGCACUUCUAUGCACCUCUUUCUGGCCAGUCCCUUGGCUCUAUCCUGGAGUUUAGAGAAGCAGCUGUUGCGCUGAAGGAAGCUAAGUCUGAUGUGAGGCUGGGAGGAGUGGAUGUGAAAAAAGAAAAAGGUCUUUUUGCAUCCCUUAACGUCACAACAAUACCAUCAAUACGGCUGUACCUGUCUGGAGACAAGAACAACCCAGUGUACUGUCCUGAUCUUAAGAACUCCGCCUCCAUCCUGACAUGGCUUAAAAGAAGAAAGGGUCCGAGCGCUGAAAUCAUCAGUAAUCUCACACAGCUGGAAAAGUUCAUAGGUGAAGAUGAGCUUGUGGUGCUUGGAUUAUUCAAGGGUCUUGAAGAAGGCAUAGUGAAAGUGUUUUAUGAAACAGCCAAUGACAUCGCUGACCUGCCCUUUGGAGUAACAGGACAUGAUGAAAUCUUCAGCAAGUAUGAGAUCAGCGGAGACACUGUUCUCCUCAUCAGAAAGUCUAAACCUGACAAGCAGUUUGAGGUGGGAAGCAGCACAGUGAAGAAAGAUCUCUUUCAUUUUAUCAGACUUUAUGAGAUGGAACUCGUGACCGAGUACAACGGCGUGACAGCAUCUAAGAUCCUAAACUCAGUGGUGCUGAACCAUUUGCUUCUGUUUAUUAAUAAGACUGAGGAUGGAUUUGAAGAGCUAUACCACGCUUUUAAAACCGCUGCGGAAAAACUCAGAGGGAAGGUUAUGUUUGUAAUGAUUGAUGUGAGUGAGCCACGGAAUGGCCGUAUUAUGGAGUAUUUCCGUGUGAGGUCAGAAGAAGCGCCUCAGGUCCGCAUGGUCAAUUUAUCAGACAACGUCCAAUACCAACUGCCAUCUGAUCGGUUUGAUGCACACACUGUUUUAGAGUUCUGUCUGAGUUACCUGGGCGGGAAAGCUAAGCCUAAGCUGCAGAGUGAGCCAAUUCCUGAAAACUGGGACACACAGCCAGUGAAAGAGCUCGUUGGGAUGAACUUUGAAAAAGUGGCCUUCAACCAUAACAAAAAUGUCAUCGUCUUGUUCUAUGCACAUUGGAGCAGCGAAAGUCGUGAUCUGUUUCCAUUGUGGGAUGAGCUUGCUGAACACUUUAGUGAACAUGAAGAUAUUGUUGUUGCCAAGAUUGACGUUACUUCCAAUGAUGUAAACCUUCAUCUAGGAGAAAAAUACCCUUCAAUCAAAUUAUUUCCUGCCGUUUAUGUAGAGAGGGUAGUACCAUAUUCUGGGAAAAGGAAGCUGAAGCCUAUAGUAACAUUUAUGAAAAAAGAGAUUGAAAAAGCCAAGAAGGAGAAAGCAAAGGAGGAGGAACAGAGGAAGAAAUAUCUGAAUCAUCAGAAGGCUGCAGUGAAAGAAGAACUGUAAUUGCCAGAACUGUAAUCGCUUAAUCAUUUAUAAGUUAAUGUGCUCUGCACAUGGCUGAUUAAUUAUCUUGAGUGUAACAAGUAUUUUCAGUAUAUACAGCUACUUGCUUUCUUGAAAACAAGAUGCCAAGGUUCUGCUGGUUACCCACUGAUACUGUUUAAGAUGUAUCAUUAGGACAAUUCACACAUAACCUUCAUUUCCAGUAGAGGGAGCCUGUUUCAAAGUGCUGCCUACUUACUAAACAGAGCACUGCAACCUCAUACCAACAUUAAAAACAACUUUCAGGUCUCUGAGACCUAUAUGUUGGCAAGAAAAAUUCAGGCAUAAUGUAAGUAGG